AUGUCAACUGAUUGUUCUCCUGAUUCGCCAUCAACGACGUGCCGGCGUCGACGAGGGAGCUCUAUACAGCUAUUACGAACGACUCACAAUGACAGUUGUUUACCACACAAAGACACUCGAGAAUUGACACAGAAACGGUUUAUGCGUUGGACAGCGUGCUUUGGUUUCGUAGCCAAGCUAAAAAAGUCAAAGCACAAGCUGGAGUUGCCAUCGUUGCCUGAAAGUAUGAUACGCCGCCACAGCAGUGCUGUACCACAGUCGGAUCGAUCAUGUUCCACAGCAACCACACCAUCAUCACGUCAAUCACCCGCACGGCCCAUGUCACAAUUGGUGGAACGUCAUGACCCAGAUUCUUCAUUAGUAACAGGGUUUCCAUGGAAGGAUCAAACGCCGCCGUUGCUACAUCACCAAAAUCAGCAGUUCCCUUCACCAGCCACGCCAUUGUCAGCCCUAUCACCUCCACCUCGACAUGCAAUGAAAGAACGUUCACGCAGCUUGACAGUGGAUGAUACACCACCACCUUGGCCUUCUGAUUCUUCAAUCCCAAUACCCAAACCUCGAAGGAAAGCAAAUACCAUUGGUCGCUCGCUUGCAUUACGCCUUUCACUUGACGUGGAACAACAUUAUUCCUCCAGCAUUGCAUCCAACAAUAGCAGCAGCGAUUGUAUGAAAAAGCAACAUGAUCAAGAAGAUGGCUAUUCAAGUGCUUGCAACACAUCCGAACACAGCAAACAUGAUACAAGCAGUAGCAAUAGCACUAGUACUAGCAGCAGCAGCAGCAGCAACAGCAGCAGCGGUAGUAGUAGUGCUACAACAGCAAGUAGUAUAUCUCCUGAUCAUCAACAACAACGACAUAAGCUACGAUUAUCAUCGAUUGAAGCACCUCCUUCUCCAAAGCUUCCUGAAAAGAGAUUGUCACUAAAGGAAAGGCGACAGCGUGUCAGCACUGUUAUACCUGAUAUCGAGAAAUUGACCAUUUCAGUCAACGACAAUGAUGCUUCUGCUACAACGAGUGGAGCUGCAUACCCUGAAAAACACAAUGAAAAGGAAUACGAUGAUGACGAAGACGACGACGAUGAUGAUGACGAUGACUAUGAUGAAUUGUUGAACGAGUUCCAAUUACCAUCCGAGAUUUUACCUACCAUGGCCAACAAGGAGAAGCGAAGCCAGGAGUAUCAUCAUCACCAUCAACAACAACAACAACAACAACAACAACGUCGACCCUCUAUCCCAUUCCCAACAUCGAGAAUAUCCACUGAUAAUUCAAGGCAAGAAGCAAUGGAUGCAUUGGAAGGUACUCAUAGGAUGGAUAAUACAACACCUAGGCCAUCCAUGGAUAUUGUACGUGACAAGGCAUACUAUGACGCUGUUGUGGCAGGUACAUUACAUCGUCGUCCAUGGAAUCAGUUUCUUCGAGCACAGUCAAUGAUUGUCGGGGACAAUGAAGGCGACUUCAAGGAGACUCAUCAGCAACAUGAUCAACAUUAUCUGUCAUCACCAGCGAUUCAUCAUGAAAAGGAGAAUCGGACAAGGGCAUCUUCAGCCAUUUUCAAUCAUCGACCCUCCUUGGUCUAUUUUCCGCCUUCACCCAAUUCCAUCGAAUCGUAUUAUAACUCAUAG